GCUGACCGGCCGCCAUCUUGUCCGCCAUUUGCAAGCGCGGCGAAGCGUGAGGGGAGGGCAGUGCGGCCUGCCCAGCGGGUUCCGCCCGCCGCCGCCUCUUCCUCCUCCUCGCAGACCGCCGCGGGCCUGGCCUGGGAUCCCGUCCCGCCGCGGCGGCAAGCACUCCGCGGGCGGCAGGCGCAGCCCCCAGACCCCCGCACGGCACUCACCCGCGAGCCUCCCGGGGCUCGAGCCUGCCGGUGGCCGCCGCGAUGGCCCUCAAGAUGGUCAAGGGCAGCAUCGACCGCAUGUUCGAUAAGAACCUGCAGGACCUGGUGCGCGGCAUCCGCAACCACAAGGAGGACGAGGCAAAGUAUAUCUCUCAGUGCAUUGAUGAAAUCAAACAAGAACUGAAGCAAGACAACAUUGCAGUAAAAGCGAAUGCGGUCUGUAAGCUGACGUAUUUACAGAUGUUGGGAUACGACAUCAGCUGGGCCGCCUUCAACAUCAUAGAAGUGAUGAGUGCCUCCAAGUUCACAUUCAAGCGCAUUGGCUACCUCGCUGCCUCCCAGUGCUUUCACGAAGGCACUGAUGUCAUCAUGCUGACCACAAACCAGAUCCGCAAGGACCUGAGCAGCCCCAGCCAGUAUGACACUGGUGCUGCCCUGACCGGCCUGGCCUGCUUUGUUACCCCUGAUCUUGCCAGAGACUUGGCCAAUGACAUCAUGACACUGAUGUCACACACCAAGCCGUACAUCCGGAAGAAGGCCGUGCUGAUCAUGUACAAGGUGUUCCUGAAGUACCCUGAGUCCCUGCGCCCUGCCUUCCCCCGCCUCAAAGAGAAGCUGGAGGACCCUGACCCCGGGGUCCAGUCAGCAGCCGUCAAUGUCAUCUGCGAGCUGGCCAGGCGCAAUCCCAAAAACUACCUUUCCCUGGCCCCACUGUUCUUCAAACUGAUGACCUCCUCCACCAACAACUGGGUCCUCAUCAAAAUCAUCAAAUUGUUUGGUGCUCUGACCCCCUUGGAGCCAAGGUUGGGCAAGAAGCUGAUCGAGCCUCUCACCAACCUGAUCCACAGCACGUCUGCCAUGUCCCUGCUCUACGAGUGUGUGAACACCGUCAUUGCAGUCCUCAUCUCCCUGUCCUCCGGCAUGCCUAACCACAGUGCCAGCAUCCAGCUCUGUGUUCAGAAGCUGAGGAUAUUAAUAGAAGACUCCGAUCAAAACUUGAAGUACCUGGGGCUGUUGGCCAUGUCUAAGAUCCUGAGAACGCACCCCAAGUCCGUGCAGGCCCACAAGGACCUCGUCCUGCAGUGUCUGGACGACAAGGACGAGUCCAUCCGGCUGCGGGCCCUCGACCUCCUGUACGGAAUGGUGUCCAAGAAGAACCUGAUGGAGAUCGUCAAGAAGCUGAUGAUGCACGUGGACAAGGCAGAGGGCACAACCUACCGGGACGAGCUGCUCACCAAGAUCAUUGACAUCUGCAGCCAGUCCAACUACCAGCACAUCACCAACUUCGAGUGGUACAUCAGCAUCCUGGUGGAGCUGACCCGGCUGGAGGGCACCCGCCAUGGCCACCUCAUCGCCGCGCAGAUGCUGGACGUGGCCAUCCGCGUGAAGGCCAUCCGCAGGUUUGCUGUGUCGCAGAUGUCCGCGCUGCUCGACAGCGCCCACCUGGUGGCCAGCAGCACCCAGCGCAACGGGCUCUGCGAGGUGCUGUACGCGGCCGCCUGGAUCUGCGGGGAGUUCUCCGAGCACCUGCAGGAGCCCCAGCAGACCCUGGAGGCCAUGCUGAGGCCCAAGGUCACCACCCUGCCAGGCCACAUCCAGGCUGUGUACGUGCAGAACGUCGUGAAGCUGUACGCGUCCAUGCUGCAGCAGACGGAGCGGGGCUCGGACACUGAGGCGGCCCAGGAGCUCACCCGGCUCAUGGUGGAGCGGCUGCCGCAGUUUGUGCAGAGCGCAGACUUGGAGGUCCAGGAGAGGGCUUCCUGCAUCUUGCAGCUGGUCAAGCACAUCCAGAAGCUUCAGGCCAAGGACGUGCCAGUGGCAGAAGAAGUGAGUGCCCUCUUUGCUGGGGAGCUGAAUCCAGUGGCUCCCAAGGCCCAGAAGAAGGUUCCGGUCCCUGAAGGCCUGGACCUGGACACCUGGAUCAAUGAGCCGCCCUCAGACAGUGAGUCUGAGGACGAGGUGCCCAAGGCCAUCUUCCACGACGACGAGACGCGGCACGCCAAGCAGCGGCUGCCCGAGGCCGACGAGGAAGAGCUGGCCCGGCGUCGAGAAGCCCGGAAGCAGGAGCAGGCCAACAACCCAUUCUACAUCAAAAGUUCCCCGUCUCCCCAAAAGCGGUACCAGGACGCACCAGGUGUGGAGCACAUACCUGUGGUGCAGAUCGACCUCUCGGUGCCCCUGAAAGUGCCAGGGCUGCCCACGUCCGAGCAGUACGUGAAGCUGGAGGAGGAGCGGCGGCACCGGCAGAGGUUGGAGAAGGAGCGGCGGAGGAAAAAACGGAAGGAGAAGAAGGGCAAGCCGCGGCGCCACAGCUCACUGCACACGGAGAGCGAUGAGGACAUCGCCCCCGCGCAGCAGGUGGACAUUGUCACCGAAGAGAUGCCUGAGAAUGCUCUGCCCAGUGACGAGGAUGACAAAGACCCCAAUGACCCUUACAGGGCCCUGGACAUCGACUUGGAUAAGCCCUUAGCUGACAGCGAGAAGCUGCCCAUCCAGAAACACAGAAACGCUGAACCCUCCAAGUCUCCUGAGAAAGAGGACGUGUAUGCCUUGGAGAAGAAGAGCAAGAAACCCAGGAAAAAGGAGAAGAAGCACAGAGAGAAAGACCGGGAGAAAAAGAAGAAGAAGGAGCGGAAAAGCGAAGACUUAGAUUUUUGGCUGUCCACCACGCCACCGCCUGCCGCUGUCCCCGGCCUGUCCAUGGAAGAGCCGGGGGUGAAUGCCGUGGGCACUGCCCCCGAGGCAGAGCAUGAGGAACCCAAGAGACUGGAGCAGGAUGACGAGGAGCAGCAGCAGGACCCGGAGAAGAAACCUUCCAAGCAUAAGAAGAAGCACAAGAAAGAGAAGGAGGAGAGACCCAAAGAAAAGAAGAAAUCCAAGAAGAAGCUACCUUCAUGUGACGGGGCAGCGGGGCCCGUGGAGAAUGGCGCACUCGAGGAGGAGCCUCUCCCGCCCAUGUCCAGCUAUUGCCUCUUGGCUGAGAACUCUUACGUUAAAAUGACAUACGACAUCCAGGGCAGCCUGCAGAAGCACAGCCAGGUCACCGUGUCCAUCGUCCUGGAGAACCAGGGCAACAGCGUCCUGAAGAACAUGGAGCUCAACGUGUUGGACUCACUCAACACCAAGCUGGCCCGGCCCGAGGGCUCUUGCGUCCACGAUGGCGUCCCCGUGCCUUUCCAGCUGCCCCCAGGCAUCUCCAACGAAGCCCAGUUCGUGUUCACCAUUCAGAGCAUCGUCAUGGCCCAGAAACUCAAAGGGACCCUAUCCUUCAUCGCCAAGCAGAACGAGGAAGGGUCCACCCACGAGAAGCUGGACUUCAAGUUGCACUUCAGUUGCACCUCAUACUUGAUCACAACGCCAUGUUACAGCGAUGCCUUUGCCAAGUUGCUAGAGUCUGGGGAUCUGAACAUGAGUUCAAUCAAAGUCGAUGGCAUUAGUAUGUCCUUCCAGAAUCUUCUGGCAAAGAUCUGUUUUCACCACCAUUUUUCUGUUGUGGAGCGAGUGGACUCCUGCGCCUCCCUGUAUAGCCGCUCCAUCCAGGGCCACCACGUCUGCCUCCUGGUGAAGAAGAAUUCACCAGGGAAACCAUCCAGGCCUGAAGGUUUCUUUUUGAGAGGUUUUUACCUACAAGUUCACUUUCUUUAAUAGUCAUAGGAUCCUUGAUUUCUCUAUUUCCCCUCAGGGUGAGAAGUCUGUGUCGGUGGAUGGCAAGUGUAGCGACUCGACGCUGCUCAGCAACCUGCUGGAGGAGGUGAAGGCGACACUGGCCAAGUGCUGAGUGUCAUUGGCGAGACUGCGAUGGAGAGAUACGUUCCAAGUGCUAGGUUUCUCCUGUCGCAUGUACUUAUCCAGCCCCGCGUUAAUCUAAAGCCGCCGUGUCACCAGUUAGACAUCGAGGUCAUGUGUUCAUUGAUUUCUGCUGUCAUCUCUUUUACUUUGCCCCUUCCCACUCUUUGGGGUGAAACCCCUUUUCAGUCCCCAAACCAGCAGUGGCUCCUGUAGCUGGGGCUGGCUGCAUGCCAGCCACGGGCUGCCCAAGGAGCCAGCGUGACCGCUGGCCAGGCCAGCCCUGGUGGGCUCUGGAUGCGGGGCAGUCAGCGGAUGGGUGGCUGGGAGGGGGAGCAUCCUGCUUUUGUGGAGUCAUCCUGUCCCACAAGCCCCCAAGUCCCCUGCCUGGUGGCACUUGGGGAGUGAAGAACGGGCCGGCUGCUCACCACGGUGACAUUGACAUUACCCGUCACCUGUCACAGUUGAGUCAGGUCCUCUCUCCCCAGGACACAUGGUGGGAAAAGGGUCGUGCAGGCCGCUGUCCAUUGCAUUCUGUGUCCCACUGUGGUGUUCGUGUGCCGGGAGGAUAAUGGCGGUGGACACCAAGGGUAGGGAUCCAUCUGGGACCCCUGACAGAACAGGGAUUUGACCUUUUUGUCAGUUUCCUUUCAGUAGAAUAUGUCUCGGUUGGCCUUAUUAGGGGCAACUUGUAGAGUGCUACAAUUCCAGGUCCCUUUCUCGUCACUGAAUGUUCCACAGGGUUUGUCCCACGUAUGCCUGCAGCUGCCAGGAGGGCCUAGUCCUCGGUUCCAUGGCCCUGGUGGUGAAGCACGUGUGUCCUGGGGAGGCCGGGCCCCUUUAAUGCACCUCCCAGGCAGGGCAAGGGGACCCUUCCCACCCCAGUAAGAUGGAACUUUCCUCAGAGAUGAUGGUCCUCAAUGACGUUUUAAUUUUCCUUUUGAUGAAAACUGUCACUUUAGCAUGUAAUCUAUUGCAGAAUCCUGUGCAGUGAUUCUAGAAUCUCAAAAAUUGUAUGAUGUGUUAUAUAAGAAUUUAUUUGCUGUCAACAUUCCCGUGUAAAGGAGAGACAUUAUCACGCUGCUGUCAUGAUUUUGUGUCAAGAUGAUCAAUAAACUUGCAAAACAUACAUUUA